AUUCACGUCAAGAGUCAAUGGAAUGUUAAUAGAAGCACAUUCGCCUAGACAGAGCGAGUAAAUGAUUUUGAAUGUUUCGGUUCAGCAAGAAAAACGAUAACAUGGACAGCUCGACGGCAUUGCAGGACAAUAAGAGUGGAUUCAGUAAAGGUUCCAUCGCGGAUUUCUACGAUAAACUUGACAAGGAUGAAGGGGGACGUACGUUUGGCAUUGAAGACGCACCUCACGGAGGAUUAUCUCGCAUAGAAAACGGAAUGUCCGGCAAAGGAGAACAUCGCAGCUCGCCUAUUUCGUGUUAUUCACCUCAGAAUCGGUUGUUGCCGUGGCCUCCGCAGCAUGCCAACGAAAGUACGAGCUCGUCGGCCAGAAAGGCUCAGAAUCUCGGUUUGAUUUGUGUUGUAUGUGGAGACACAAGUUCGGGGAAGCACUACGGCAUAUUGGCAUGCAAUGGGUGCUCAGGGUUCUUCAAGCGAAGCGUCCGGAGAAAAUUGAUCUACCGGUUAGGCAAACUGUCCCACAGCCCUCCAUCCUCUCUUCGCCCUGUACUCAAAUCUGUGCAAAAUGAGCGUCAACCUCGAAAUACAGCAACAAUCCGACCAGAGGCACUGCGGGAUAUGGAGCAGGGCCGGGCCUUGCGAGAAGCAGCCGUAGCCGUGGGAGUGUUUGGGCCUCCAGUGUCAUUGGCAUUACUUUCACCGUCCCGGUAUGGUCCCAGUAUUCUGCCAACACCCGCCUUACCGACUAGUCAAUUUCUGCACCACCACAGCCAGGUGUCCUCGCUGGUAAAUAGUCUACCACAUCACCAUCCCCAUCAUCCUCACCAUGCCGCUAUGCACGGUCUAGCGAACGGACUGUCGAUGAAUCUCAACGGUGUCGGUAUGCCAGGACACAAUGGCACGUCCGGUUUGGUUCAUUCGGCUGGAAAUAGCUCCGAUCGGGACCGAGAUACCGUAGUUCCUAUGAACAGUAGUAGUGGCGAUAGCAACAACAACAAGAAUCCUUCGUCUGGUUCGACCGAGAACCUCAAUACGGCAUCGUCCUCCAACCACUCCAUGGCCGGUGAUCAGUCGCCGAGUGGAGCAGGAUCACCGGCGCACGGGACAUCGCUAAAUGGUCUCGGAACGGGUGGUUGUCCAACUGGUGGCUCAAGCAUGGGGGCUGAGAAACAUCCCCAUCACAGCUCGUCGUCGUGUGGAUCGGCUAGUCCCAUUCUGGAGCAGGACAACAUGAACGAUAACGAUGGUAAGUGUUUCGAGGAGGGAACAUGA